GUUGCGAAUGAAAACAAUGAUAAAAGUUAAAAGUUAGAUUAAUUUUCAACAAUAAAAAAACUUAAUUCUCAAAAUGGCCGCAUCAAUGAAAGGACUUGAUCCAGUCCUAAAAAGAUACUUACGAUCUAACAAAUUGCCAGAUGUAUACGAGGCCCUUAUAACUGGACUUGCUGUGAUGUGUCCGGAGGAUCCGCACCAGUUCAUCAUUGACAAUCUCAAGUACCUCAUUGAGUUUGGAACGGAUGGAUUAGAAUGGGACCUGUUUGUGGAAGAAUUUAUGAAGCCGUUAAACAAGGUUGUGUCGGAGAGCAACCUGGAGUUCAUCUUCAACAUGGAUGAUGAGAGCAUGCUGGAAGGUCCGAUUCCCAAGCGUAUUUUGCACCUGCUCCAGCCGACUCCAGAGAUGUAUGAGAAGGCCUACCUCCACUACAACACCAAGUCCAUGAAGGUCACCUUCUGCUCUUGGAUGCAGUACUACCUGCGAAAGAAGCGUAAGAGGUUAGACAUGGAGGAAAAGAUGACGCGGGCCACCACAUUCCACUCACACAGGACACUCAAACUCUACCUCGAUGAGUGGAUCGAAUGGGUCAAGUACAGGAAGGGAAGACAAGCAAUGGCAUACCAGAAGAUAUCCCAUGUUCUAAACGUGUCCAUUGGACGAGUGAUUUUUGAGGCUUGGCAUUCACACACCUUGGAUGCUCGACGACAGCGGGAAUAUUUUGAGAUCAACUUACGGCGACUGGAGCGUGGAGAGAACAUGGAGGAUGAUGAUGCUUUUGGACAGGGAACUGGUGAGGCCCGGGACUCUAUCUCUAACCUGCCAAGAAAGGUUGCCAUACAGAUUUUUCGAUAUGUGGAUGUAGCAGACCUGGCCCGAUGUGCAUGUGUCUGUCGCUCCUGGAAGGUCAUCACACAGGCAAACUCACUCUGGAACAGACUUGAUUUUCACAGAGUUAGGAACAGAAUAUCCAGAAAGUUGAAACCGAUAUCAGAGGUAACUGACAAGGUGGUGACAAAGCUGCUGUACAAAUGUCGGCCAUACCUGAUCCACCUGAACAUGCGUGGCUGCAUGUUCAUUUCCGAGCCAUCCUUCAUCAGUAUCAGCGAGUGCAGUAAUCUGCAGGACCUUAAUUUCUCGGAGUGUACAGGUCUUAAUGAUGAGCACCUGAAGUUGGUGGCAAAGGGCUGUAAAAUCCUGCUGUACCUGAACAUCUCACACACUCUGGUCACCGAUGCCUCCCUCAGGACUAUUGCAAAGAACUGUAGCAACUUGCAGUACCUGUCCAUGGCCCAUUGUAAGAAGUUCACAGACCGUGGCCUUCUGUACCUCUCUGCCGGAAAGAACAGCAAGAAACUAGACUACAUCGACCUCUCCGGAUGUCUACAGAUUACCCCAGAUGGAUUCAAGAAUCUUUCCAAUGGCUGUACAAAUCUACAGACACUGCUGUUGAAUGAUUUCCCAACACUGAGUGACGACUGCUUGUUCCCUGUUGCGGCCAAACUCACCAAGAUCAGCACACUCUCCUUACUUGGCUCACCUAACCUCUCCGAUGAGGCAUUCAAAAGAAUAGCCAGCAACAAGAACCUGAAGAAAAUCAAGAUUGAAGGUAACCAACGCAUCUCAGAUGCCAGCCUGAAGCAGAUAGGUCAGAGUUGCGUGAACCUGGAGCAUAUCUACAUUGCAGACUGUCAACGCCUUACUGACCUAGCUCUCAAAGCCCUGGCUCCCUGCAAACACCUUGCUGUGGCAAACUUUGCAGACUGUGUCAGGGUUGGAGAGAAGGGGGUGCGGGCCCUGGUGGAGGGGCCCUGUGGUCCGCGACUGCGGGAGUUCAACCUGACCAACUGUAUCUGUGUCAACGACAUGACCAUGGUCCAUAUACACAAGAGGUGCCACAAUCUGACAUACCUGAGCCUGUGCUUCUGUGAACAUCUAUCUGAGGCUGGUAUCGAACUUAUCGGGCAAAUCCAUAGCCUCACGUCAGUUGAUAUAUCAGGUUGUAACUGCGGGGACCAGGGUCUGGCUGCCCUUGGCAACAACAGUCGGCGAGACGUGACGCUCUCCGAGUGCGUGAACAUUACCGACCUUGGCCUCCAGAAGUUUGCCCAGCAGUGCAAGAACAUAGAGAGACUCGACCUCUCACACUGCAUGCAAAUCACCGAUGGUGCAAUAAAGAACCUUGCUUUCUGCUGUAGGAUGUUAAAUGUACUCAAUCUAGCUGGCUGUAAACUGGUGACUGACCUGUCUAUCCAGUACCUGUCUGGAGUCUGCCACUACCUUGUACAGCUUGAUGUCAGCGGCUGUCUUCUUAUCACAGACAAGGCAUUGAAGUAUUUGAGGAAAGGCUGCAAGAAGCUGAGCCUUCUUAUCCUGCUCUACUGUAAGGGAGUCACAAAGAACUCUGCCCAGAAGAUGAUGCGACAUGUGGACACUGUACAGUACAACAAUGAUGAAGUGCCAUCCUACUUCGGCUACUAAGCAUGAACUGAUUGUGAUCUUCUGCUUAGGACUCAAGUGUGCCUUCAGUGUGUGUAUGCUUUAUCAGCAAAUAGCAGUGAAGUAUUUUCAAUUGCAAGACAUUAGUUUUAUAACUAGCUGCUACUUUUACCUUAGGUUCUAAGUUUUCUUUCAUAUUUCAUAUGCUUUGCAACAUGUAUACAUUGUUUUGUUUUAUUUCCCCAAGUAUUUAAAUGUAGGUUGAGUGUUUUUAAUGCAAUCCUCGUUUCUAUACUUGUUCCCCGAAAAACAGUAUUAUUCUUGUGAUACAAAAUGAUUGAUUUCUAAAAUGGCUUGUUCCGAAUCUGAGCUGUGAUAUCAGGAGACAGUUCCUGGAAACUGUGUCAAGCUUAUGUUGUUAUUUAUUAUGAAUUUAUUAUAUGCUAUUUAUUGUAAAAAUGAAUAUUAAAUGUCAAAUAAACAUAUAAGAACAAAAAACAUGUAUGUGACUUGAUUUCAUCUUUUUUUCUUUCUUGAGACAAGAUUCAUUCAAGAAUUUAUGAGAAUUGUGGGCUAACAAAGAAGGCCCUAUUGAAGUUU